AUGUUCAACACUAACACCAAGGCCUGGCAGGUACAACAUCCUAGUCCAACGGCAGGUGAGUGGCACCACGUGGUGAUGACGUGGCGGGAUCAGACUGCGGUGACGUCAAAGCUGGCACUGUGGUGGGAUGGCGUGAAUGUUGCAACGGAUAAUUCAUCGACGUCACGUAACGUCCCGACCACCAUAUACAACGACUUCUUGAUUGGACGUCCUAACAAUAACUUUCAUAGUUACGGCGAAGCUGUCAUUGAUGAAUUAAUAUUCUGGGAUAAAGAACUCGAAGAUGCUCGAAUAAUGAGUCUUUGGGAGUCAUAUAACGACAAUCUUAACUUUGCAAACACUACUAUUGAUCAAUGAACACAUACGCAUACGCAUCGUAUAUUUUGAACGUAUUCUUUGCAAAUUGAUGCCCGGGGAUAACAUGAGAUAAGCGAAAAUCUGUUGAG